AUGAAGCCACGCUGCUCGCUUCAAAUCAACCCGCUUCGGUUCAGGCGGCUCCAAUCCACCAAGCCAUUCUAUGUCACCACGCCCAUAUUCUACGUCAAUGCGGCUCCGCACAUUGGCCAUCUAUACUCGAUGCUCAUGGCAGACGCACGCAGUCGAUGGGAGCAGAUGCACCCUAGCAGGAGCGCAUUCAUGCUAACAGGCACAGACGAACACGGCCUCAAGAUCCAAACCGCGGCAAAGAAACAAGGACUCGAGCCCAAGGCGUUGGUGGACCAAGUAGCGCAAAAUUUCAAGGAGUUGUGCUCGUCGGCGAAUAUCUCGUACGACCGGUUUAUGCGCACUUCGGAUGAGGACCAUGUGCGAUUAACGCAGUACUUCUGGAGGUUGAUGCGUGAAAAAGGGUAUAUAUACAAGGGGUCGCAUAGCGGGUGGUACUGCGUUAGUGACGAGACUUUCUACCCCGAAUCGAGCACGGAGGAGAUUGAGAAGGACGGCAAGACGAUUCGGAUCUCGACUGAGUCGAAGCAUGAGGUCACGUAUGGCACUGAGACCAAUUAUUUUUUCAAGCUCUCGCAGUUCCAGCAGCAAUUGAUUGAUUAUCUCGAGCAGAAUCCUGAAUUUAUCAAACCGCGUCACAGAUACGAGUUUAUCUUGAACGAGUUGACCAGGUCGAAGUUGGAGGAUUUGUCAAUCUCGCGUCCCGCAAGCCGGCUCCAGUGGAGCAUCGAGGUGCCCGAUGACCCGUCGCAGAAGAUCUAUGUCUGGUUCGACGCGUUGCUAAACUACCUCACCGCCGCAAACUUCCCCCACGGGUUCACCACCCCAAACACCACGAACUACAACUUUACUACUCCUACUGAGAACAUCUGGCCCGCGACUCACAUCAUCGGCAAGGACAUAAUCCGCUUCCACUGCAUAUACUGGCCCAUCUUCCUCAUUGCAGCCGGUGUCGAACUACCACGCGAGGUCAUUGUCCAUUCCCACUGGCUAAGCUCCGGCUCCAAAAUGAGCAAGAGUUUGGGUAACGUGGUGCACCCCGCAGAUAUCCUCCAGUACUACGGCACUGACCCCGUGCGGUUUUUCUUUAUUGAAAACUCCAACAUUCGCGAAGACUGCAAAUUCUCCGAUGAGUUGCUCCAUGCUUCUCGCGUGCAGUUGCUCAACAAGUAUUUCAACCUCGCGAUGCGGGUAACUUCGCCCAAUUUCAACAUUGCCGACGCCGUCAGAUACCACCACCACCACCACCACCACCGCAGCAACGAACUCCAAGAAGAACACCCGGAGCAACUCGCGGAGCUCAUCACUUCAUUCCAGACCAAGAUCGACGCACUUUACGCAACGAUGGACGAUAGAUUCCAGCAGUUUGAUUACUCGAAAGCGAUUCAAUCGUGGUGGGAAGUAGUCUCGCUCGCGAACCAGAUUUUCCAAAUGGGCGAGCCGUGGAAAUACGCCCGGGCAUUGCAACAGGAAAACUCGCAGGAUCUCGAUUCCGUGAAGCGGGAAAUGUACACGAGGUUAAGCUUGCGUUACGUUUACGUCGCUGCGGAAGCGUUGCGCGUCGCCUCCAUCUUGAUCCAGCCUGUGAUGCCGAGUUUAGCGAGCCAAGUGUUGGAUUUGUUGAAGGUUCGGGAGAAUAAACGCACGUGCGAGUUUGCUCGCUUGGGUGCCGAUGAACUGUACGGCGAGGGCGCUAAUGAUGAACUGCCCAGGCCGUUGUUGAGCAAGCUUAAGGUGAGACAAGUUGCUGCUUCGUGA